CACACAAGACACCCGGAGACGCAACGUCCUGAUGCUCACGACUAGCCGCAGUGGAACACGACUAGCUAUCUUCGUGGUGGCCACCACCUCACUUGCUGCCGCUGCUGCUGCUGCUGCUGCCGUGGUGGCACAAAAACGCCCGAGGUCCAAUGCAGCUCGUCAACGAACCAGGGUGGAUUGUGCAUGCUGGCGAUGGCUGAAGAGGUGUUUCGGGAGCUUGUCCCUGGCGAUACAACCUCGUCGGCCAGUGGGGGGCUACGAAGGCCUGAUUGGCAAUACGCCAAUGGUACAGCUCCAGAGUCUCUCUGCCGCUACCGGCUGCGAGGUUCUUGUGAAGGUGGAGUAUCUCAACCCCGGCGGAACAAGCAAGGACAGAAUCGCGGCGAGCAUGAUCAAGGAGGCCGAAGCAACCGGGGAGCUGAAACAGGGGGGCACCGUGGUGGAAGGCACGUCUGGGAGCACGGGAAUUUGCCUCGCUUCGCUGUGCAGGGCCAAAGGCUACCGCUGCGUCAUCGUAAUGCCUGACGAUCAGGCUGGUGAGAAGGUGGAGCUAUUGCGCACCUUCGGUGCUGAGGUGAUCCAGGUGAGAACAGCAUCCAUCGCCAACCCCGACCACUACAUCAACGUCGCCGCACGCUUGGCCCGGGAACGGCCUGGCUACGUGUUUAUGGACCAGUUCGAGACGGAGGCUAACCUCAAGGCGCAUCUAGCUCACACCGGGCCGGAGAUUUGGGAGCAGACCAAUGGGAGGUUGGAUGCUUUCGUCAUGGGGGCUGGGACAGGAGGCUGCCUCGCCGGAGUUUCUCUAUUUCUGCGUGGCAAAGGAUGCCCAGCCAAGGUUUACCUGGUUGACCCGCCCGGAUCAGCGCUUUUUAACCGUGUGCGACACGGCGUGUGCUAUUCGCCACAGAUGUCGGAGCGGGACGUCAGAAAACACAGGUACGACACGAUCGCAGAGGGCAUAGGCAAUGACCACGUCACGGGCAACUUCGGAAAGGCCAUCUUGGACGACGCCUUCAGGGUUUCCGACCAGGAGGCGGUGUAUAUGGCGCACUAUCUCCUCAAACACGAAGGUUUAUUCGUCGGGUGCUCCGCGGCCAUGAACUGCGUUGGGGCUGUCGCGGCAGCCAGGAGGGCCGGCACGGGGAAGAGAAUCGUGACUGUGCUUUGCGACAGCGGUAGCAGGGGCAUUUCCAGGUUCUGGAACAGGGAGUUCAUUGAGGCCCGCGGGCUGAAAUGGCCGUUGCCAAACGACGAGACGCUGGAGAACCUGGACUUCAUAGAGAUCAGACCUCGAUAGUUUGCACGGAUUUUGUCGCUGGUACAAUCUUUUAUGCAGAGGUCGGCCCUGCACCUACCCUCGACAGUGAUGAUGUUGGUCGCGUUGUAGUUUAUUGCAAGAGAACAACCCCAACAGUUCGGUCGUGUUCAUGCUGUACUGCCCACAUGUGAAGUACUCCUAGUCAAGAUGUCACGUGUGUGGACUUUCAGACGGUGGGCUAAGUAGUAUUAAUGAGUGGGUAAAUCGUCAGAAGUUGCUGCUGGGUAUUGUUCUCAAUUGAGGCACCGUAUUCAAGCGGGCGUUAGAGAUGAGUGCUGCGUGCCUAGAGUAGAUCGUUAAGUGAGGUGGACGAUGUACAGAUUUUGUUGGCUUUGUGCUAAAGGGUGAAGCUGUGUUGCUCGCCCUUCACCGUAGUCCAGCGCUAACUCAAGGGAUCUGCUAGACGGCCCUAUGUCCGGCACAGUGUAUUUUGACAACAAAGGUGUUUGCGGUC